AAAAAUCACAUGACUAAUUCACAACACUGACAGUGACACUUAUUAUUAGUCAUCAGUUGAUACUUGAGCAAGUCACAUGACUAAAUUCUUGCCUGGUGGUUUCAACCCUGACUUCCACAUGUGUGAGGUGACUGAAAAUAAUCCCAAAGGUCAUUCAGAUAGAUCGGGCUUCUCCAUUGGUGGAAACAGUCGAUGUAACAUAUGACAUGGCAUUUGAUUGGUCAGUUUGUGAACCCUAGUUGAUAAAAAAGCAGAAGUUUUUGCUGUGUGUUAUCAGUCUGUGGAUUGACCACUGACCAGUCGGGGUCAGAACCGAAACCUCAGAUAGGGGAAUUUUGUUCGAAAGUUACUGUUUGAUGGGAUAAGCUAAAUUGGAAUUGACGACAAAACAAAGCAUCGAAGGCAAAUUGCCGACAUGGAUGAAGCUGUAGCAAUCAAUAUGACCGAGUUACCUCGGUCAAGCUCCUCGGACUCAGCCAGGGAGCGGAAUCCUGAACUUGACGCUGAGAUGGAGAAGGUUUUCCAGCCACCACCCAAAUUUGAGAUUCUUGAUACCUCAGUGGAAGUACAACCGGGACAUAACAUUCACUUUGAUGAGCAGGAUUAUGACAGACAUCGACACCUGGACCAUCACCAUCACCAUCAUCCCCUCAGCCAUCUACGCAAAAACAAGAGCUUCCCUCGAAUGUCGGGACCGGGCGACAGACCCCAUCAUCAUCACCACACGGGCAGCAAGCAUCAACGGCCUAGUGCAGUGUCUAGCUUCACUGAGAGGACCGAGAUCAGCCCGAUAGCGGAGGGAGAGACCGAAGGAGAGGGAAAUGAAGAAGAGGAGGCGGCAGGGGAAGAGGUUGAAGUCAAGGAGGAAGACGUUCAGCUUGACGUCAAGGAGCAGAAAGAAGAUGGAGAAGCGAAGGUCGAGGAGGAACCGAGACGGAAUGUACCCAAGUUCAUCAUCGGUGACCCUGACCAAGACGAAGAUGGCAGUUAUCACAUGGAUGGUCAAGAACCAGAAACUACGGAAGAAGCUCAAUCAACAGGAGAUCUAGUGGAGUCUAAGAAAUAUCACCAAAAACACCACCAUAGCCACCAUCAUCACCAUCGGCAUCAUCAUAGAGACAAGGAAAAUCUUGUGCCUGAAGACCCAUCGCACCACCACCAUAGACACCAUCAUCACCACAGGAAGCAUAGCUCUACUGAUGUCCCUGAGCUGCGAUAUCGUAAGGGGAGUAGCGUCAACUUGGAAGGAUUGAUCCCUCGAGUUCCUACAGAGCUCGAUGAAGCUAUGACACUCAAAGAAGCUGACCUGGAUGAUAUGGCUAUUCAUCGUCUGGCUGAUGUUCCCGGGGUCCAUCGACACCGAGUUACCAGGAAAGUCAGUUCCUUGAUCCACAUCGGUCAGCGAUCCACUGAAGUCCUGGACCAAGCCGGCAAGGUUGCUGGGAAGAAGAAAGAGUUUGAUCAUCGACCGCAUGAGGUCUUUGUUGAGUUGGAUGAGUUGUUCAAGGUCGAAGGUCACGACAUGCAAUGGAAGGAGAAAGCCCGAUGGAUCAAGUUUGAGGAGGAUGUUGAAGAAGGCUCUGAUAGAUGGGGCAAACCUCACGUCGCUUCCUUGACAUUCCAUAGUCUGAUAGAGCUACGCAAACUCCUAGCACAUGGUGCGACCCUUUUGGAUUUGGAGGAGACACACUUGUCAGAUAUCUUCCAUCGGAUCGUCGAGAAGAUGAUUAUAUCAGAUCAGAUCAUGGAGGAGAACACGGGCGAUGUAAUGAGAGCUCUGCUGCUCAAACACAAGCACGUGCAUGAGCGUCACGGCCUGCUGAAGAACCUAUCCACAGUCAGCUUAUCCUCCAUGAUUGGUGGCCAUCACCAUGACAACAUGCAUCGGAACGCCCAAUCAGAGGUCAAUUUCAGGCAUCUCAAGGAGAGUCAUGGCAUUCUCAAGAACAUGUCCGCCAUCAGUUUGACUGGAGGGCAUGAUAAGGAUAAGAUGCCCAAACAUGCCACGGAACCAGCAGAUAUGGAGCUUACAUAUGAGAGUGAGGUGAAAACGCCAAUGCUAAUGGAAUCGAAGGAAGAAGUCAAUAUCCCCGACAUAGAUGACAACACACCCAUGAGCAGCCAGCAUCAGACUCCCGCCUCAUCACGACCGCUCCACAUCUCUCGUUCCUUCGCCAAGAAGCUCGACCUGCAACGUCUUGAAGGAAUCAUGCGCAAGAUUCCCGCAGACGCUGAGGCUACCACCGUCUUAAUCGGCGAAGUGGACUUCCUCAAGAAACCGGCCGUAGUCUUUGUCCGUCUGGCCGAGGGGACGGUGUUGGAGAACUUCUCGGAGGUCCCCAUCCCCGUCAGGUUCGUCUUCGUGUUGCUUGGACCCAGCAUCAGCACGGUGGAUUAUCAUGAGUUGGGUCGUUGCUUCUCUACACUCAUGUCCAGUGAGCACUUCCACGAGACGGCGUACAGUGCCGACUGCAUGGAGGACCUGCUGAGUGCAAUGAAUGAGUUCAUCGACGAUUCAGUGGUCCUUCCCGCUGGGAAUUGGGACAAGGAGUUACUGCUGCCGAUCCUACGCACUCAGAACAUGAAGAUGAAGCAGAGACGACAGAUGAAAGAAGCCAUCACAGAGGAAGACGAGGAAGAGUUGAUGCCGAUGGAUAUCACUCAAGUUGAUCACAAGGUGAAGCCUUCCAAGCGCCGAGCCAAGCACAUAGACCCAUUGAAGCGCACCGGGCGUCUGUUUGGAGGUCUUGUGAAUGACGUCAAGCGACGGUAUCCAUGGUAUCUGAGUGAUCUCAAAGACGCUAUCAAUUUACAAUGUCUGGCUGCAAUGUUCUUCAUCUUCUUUGCUGCGCUGUCUCCUGCCAUCACGUUUGGAGGUUUGCUUGCUGAUAAAACAGGCAACCUGAUGGGUGUAUCGGAGAUGGUCCUAGGCACAGCAAUCUGUGGUGUGGUCUUUGCCUUGGUAUCCGCCCAACCUCUCAUCAUCAUUGGUGCUACAGGACCGCUACUGGUCUUUGAAGAAAACUUAUACUCUUUCUGUGUGAACAGUGAUAUUGAAUAUCUUCCAUUCCGAGCCUGGGUCGGUAUUUGGAUAUUCGUCAUCUGUACGUUCACGGUAAUGCUAGACGGCAGUGUUCUAGUGCGGCUCUUCACGCGAUUCACUGAGGACAUAUUCUCCAUUCUCAUCUCCUUCAUUUUCAUCUUUGAAGUUUUCAAGAAGUUGUCAGCUGUGUUUGCAACGCACCCCCUUCUUGAUGACUACUGCUUUGAUCCAGCGGAUGACACCAACUCAACGGACAUCUACAACGACACAGAAAUGACAACUCCAUUCUACACGGCUAACAGCACAGACAACAGCACUGGGGCAGUCUGUACGGUAUCAGGGGAGGCAAAGACCAACAUGCCCAAUACUGCAUUACUCUCUGUGAUUCUCACGCUUGGAACGUUCUUCUUGGCCUAUUUUUUGCGGAUUCUGAGGAACAGUCGGUUUCUUGGACGAGGGGCGCGUAAGACCAUUGGAGAUUUUGGCAUCCCUAUUGCCAUUGUCAUCAUGGUGAUUGCAGAUUUGUUGGUUUCUCCAACCACUUACACCCAGAAACUUGAAGUGCCCAAUGGUUUAGAGCCGACAGAUAGCUGUGCCCGUGGUUGGUUUGUCAAUCCCCUCGGUAUAAAGAAACCUAUCUCUGCUGGUCUGGUGUUUGCAGCUGUAAUUCCUGCUGCCUUAUGCUUCAUCCUCAUCUACAUGGAAUCACAAAUCACAAGCUUGAUCAUCAACAAGAAAGAAUUCAAACUGAAGAAAGGCUCUGGCUUCCACUUGGAUCUGUUCGUCCUGGGCUUCUUGGCGUGUUUCAAUUCCUUCCUGGGUCUCCCGUGGAUGUGCUCCGCUACCGUCAGAUCGGUGACUCACGUCGGAAGCUUGACGGUCUUGAGUAAGACUCACGCUCCCGGUGAGAAGCCCAGGGUAGAGGGAGUCCGGGAGCAACGGGUGACGGCGUUCCUUGUCAAUCUAUUCAUUGGUUUAUCUAUUGCUCUAGCACCCCUCCUGCGACAAGUUCCCUUAGCCGUUCUGUUUGGUGUCUUCCUCUACAUGGGCAUUGUAUCAUUGAAUGGUAUACAGAUGGUGGAUCGUGUCAUACUCAUGCUGAUGCCUGUCAAGCAUCAUCCAGAUGUGGCCUACACCAGAAAGGUGAAGACAUUGCGUAUGCACCUGUUUACCAGUAUCCAGUUGAUAUGUCUGGCCUUACUCUGGGUUGUUAAGAGCACAGCAGCAGCGUUGGCGUUCCCGUUCUUUCUGAUCGUACUGGUUCCCAUAAGGCAACUCAUGAAGAGGUUGUUUUCAGCGUCCGAAUUAGAAGCACUUGACAGCGAAGAAACAGAAGCAGAUGCGGAAGACAAAGAUGAAUACCAAGCAUCUCAUAUGCCUGUGUAAGAUGUUGGGAGAAUUUGACUAAUGCCAAUUGCUACAUCACUGAAACGCAAGUAAAUUCUUCCAACCGAGCAAAGGUACUACAGUACUAGUACUAGUACUAGCAGCUGAUGUAAGGAGAAUUUAAUAGUAUUUUGGUCCAUUUUGUAAUGUGCAGUUUGCCAAAGCCAUUUAUGUAAAGGAAAUUUAAUUACGUUUUUGAUUAGCAUGGACUUAUGUAAAGUACUGUAAAUAACACUAUUGGAGAUUUAUCUUGAACUGGUUGCAGUUGUCAAAAAGCUAUUUUUGUAAAAGUAAUGUAGAUAGUUGAGUUAUUAGAAAACAGCAAGUUGGGUGUAGACACAUUUGCCUUUGGGUAAUUCAAGCAUUAUUAAUGUCAGUGACAGAACCAAUUAACCAUGAUAUCUAUAAUGAUUCAGAGAAAUGAUCCAAAACUCCAAGUCUGUUAUCUCCUUGACCAUUACUAGAUGAUGGAUGUAUAAGAUUUGAAAAAUACAAAUUUCAGGUUUAUUUACUGGGUUAAGAGCCCAGUGAAUAAACCUGAAAUUGCAACCAGUUCAAGUACGAUGAAACUAGGCUCUGUCACAGACGCUACAUGAUGCUGGAAUCACCCUUUUCUUUAUUGUCGUAUUGUUACUUGCUCAAACAAAACUCUGUUUUCGUUGAAUGUUUAAUUGUCUGAAAUAUCUCUAAGAAUAUACGACAAAUAACUCACCAUAUUUCUGAAGAAAAGUUGCCUAAAUCUAACCCUCUCCUUUUUUUAAAUUAAAUAUUUGUCAAUAAGGAUUAACAUUUUAAAAAAUCUUUUGACCAAACACUAUUUUGGUUGAACAGUGGCCACAGACAGUGCAGUGUUCAGCACAAUAUAUUGAGAUUGGUUUAAAUUUUGAGGAGCCAUCAGGAACGAUGUACUUAAUUUUUGUUUUUAGUACAGCUUUGUUUUAAUAUUUCACCUAAAGCCAAAACUAUUGUACUAAGUCUUAGCAGCUCAUUAAUAAUCUUGCUAACUUCA